CACCGACACCGGCAUCGCCCCGCGGCCCCGCCGCCGCCUCCUGAGACAUGAAGAAGUUCUUCGACUCUCGCCGCGAGCAGGGCGGCUCCGGGCCCGGGGCGGGCAGCAGCGGCGGCGGCGGCGGCAGCAGCGGCCCCGGCAGCGGCUACAUCGGCCGGGUCUUCAGCAUCGGCCGGCACCAGGUCACCGUGGACGAGGUGCUGGCGGAAGGUGGCUUUGCAAUCGUGUUCCUGGUGAGGACGAGCAAUGGGGUGAAGUGUGCCCUGAAGAGGAUGUAUGUCAAUAAUGAGUACGACCUGCAGGUCUGCAAGAGGGAGAUCCAGAUCAUGCGGGAUCUGUCUGGCCACAAGAACAUCGUGGGCUACAUCGACUCCAGCAUCAACUCAGUCAGCAGUGGGGACGUGUGGGAGGUGCUGAUCCUCAUGGACUUCUGCCGGGGGGGGCAGGUGGUGAACCUGAUGAACCAGCGCCUGCAGAGCGGCUUCACCGAGAGCGAGGUCCUGCAGAUCUUCUGCGACACCUGCGAGGCCGUGGCCAGGCUGCACCAGUGCAAGACCCCCAUCAUCCACAGGGACCUGAAGGUUGAAAACAUCCUGCUGCAUGACCGUGGCCACUACGUCCUGUGUGACUUUGGGAGUGCUACCAACAAAUUCCAGAACCCUCAGACAGAGGGGGUGAAUGCAGUGGAGGAGGAGAUCAAGAAGUACACGACGUUGUCCUACAGAGCCCCCGAGAUGGUGAACCUGUACAGUGGCAAACUCAUCACUACAAAAGCAGACAUUUGGGCCCUGGGCUGCUUGCUGUACAAGCUGUGCUACUUCACCUUGCCCUUUGGGGAGAGCCAGGUGGCCAUUUGUGAUGGCAACUUCACCAUCCCAGACAACUCGAGGCACUCGCAGGACAUGCACUGCCUCAUCCGGUACAUGCUUGAGCCAGACCCUGAUAAGAGACCUGACAUUUAUCAGGUCUCCUACUUUGCAUUCAAGCUGGCCAAGAAGGAGUGCCCAGUGCAGAACGUCCAGAACUCUCCAAUCCCUGCUAAACUCCCAGACCCAGUUAAAGCAAGUGAAGCUGCUGCAAAGAAGAGUCAACCAAAGGCCAGGCUCACAGACCCCAUCCCCACGACAGAAACGUCCAUAGCGCCCCGGCAGAGGCCUAAGGCAGGACAGACCCAGCCCAACCCUGGCAUCCUGCCCAUCCAGCCAGCCCUGACGCCCAGGAAGAGAGCCACAGCCCAGGCAGCCCUUCAGCCCCAGGCUGCAGGCCCGGCUGCCCUGGGCAGUGCCCAGCCCUCCAGCACGCCCCAGGCUAAAGCAGCGCCCCAGCAGCCUCCAGCCCAGCCCCAGGCCAAGCCAGCAGCAGCAGCAGCGCCCCAGGCACAGCCCCAGGUGCCCUCCACACAGCCCCAGGCCACCCCUCAGCAUCAGCAGCAGCAGCUUUUCCUGAAGCAGCAGCUCCUGCAGCAGCAGCAGCAGCAGCAGCAGCAGGCUGCCUUCUUCCAGCAGCAGCAGCAGCAGCCACAGAUGAUGCAGGCUCAGCAGUUCCCAGUGAUGCAGCAAGGAGCGCCCGCGCAGCAGCAGCAGCUGAUGCAGAACUACUACCAGCAGCAGCAGCAGCAGCAGCUGCUGGCCCAGCAGGCAGCUAUGCAGCAGAAGACCACAGCAGCAGCAGCAGCAGCUCAGCAGAAGCAGCAGCCCCAGGCCCAGCCUGGCUCAGCACCCCCAGCACAGCCACAGGAGCAGGGGGCGCAGGCGCAGGCUCAGAGGCAGCAGCAGCAGCAGCAGGCCCAGGGGCAGGGGCAGAAGCCGGGCUCCCUGACGCCGCCCUCGUCGCCCAAGGCGCAGCGCGCGGGGCACCGCCGCAUCCUCAGCGACGUCACCCACAGCGCCGUGUUCGGCGUGCCCGCCAGCAAAUCCACCCAGCUGCUGCAGGCCGCGGCCGCUGAGGCCAGCCUCAACAAGUCCAAAUCCGCUUCCACCACGCCCUCGGGCUCGCCAAGGACCUCGCAGCAGAACGUCUACAACCCCCCUGACGUGUCCACGUGGAACCCCUUUGAUGAUGACAACUUCUCCAAGCUGACAGCUGAGGAGCUGCUGAACAAGGACUUUGCCAAGCUGGGGGAUGGGAAGGCUCCAGAAAAGGCAGGCAGCUCCACAGAGAACCUGCUGCCAGGGUUCCAGCCCGCAGCCCCCACGGAUGCCUUCGGUGGCUCCUCCUUCCCUGCUGGGCCAGCUGAAAAAACGAAAGACAUUCUGAGCUUGGACUCCAGCCCUGCUCUGCUGACUGUGCCUGAUCCUUUCACUCCUCUCCCGCUAUCUGACACCCCAGGUGUGCAGAGGGAUCCAGGCCGGUUCCCAGAGCUCUGCAAAGGAGAUCCUGGCGCUGAUGGACUCACCUUGUACAAGGGCCAGCCCGAGAUGCUGCAGGUGAAACAGCUCAACUCAGAGUCAGAGUACCUGGCCAGAGAUGGUCCUUCAAGCAACAGCUCCUUCUACAGCAGCGAGGGAGAGGGGACAGACCACGAGGGAGACAUCCUGGACUGCAGCGGCUCCAGGCCCUUACUGAUGGACUCGGAGGAGGAGGAGGAGACGGGCAAGCCGUGCCCAGGGUUCCUGCAGCCCGUGCCCAGGCACGAGGCCUCCAGAGAGGAUGCCCGGCCCCAGGCCAGGGCAGGGGAGCCGCUGUUCCCGGCCUUCCAGUCGCACAGCGGGGAGGUGUUCAACGAACCCGACGUGUUUGCCACGGCUCCCUUCCGCAGCUCCAGGAAGGUCCCCGACGAGGUGGAUGUCUUUACCAAAGCUCCUUUUACCUGUAAGGGCAGCGCAGCUCUGCGGCACCCAGAGGAGGCAGACGUGUUUCUGAGGGCCCCUUUCACCAAGAAGAGGAGCGUGGAAGAGCCGGCCGCCCACAAGGAGCCGUUCUCAGCGCCGCUUUUCCUGGGCGCCGGGGGCGACGGCCGAGCUCAGCCCGCGUUCCCAGGCCCGGACCCGGCAGCGCACGGCCCCGUGGGCUCGCUGAGAGCUGCCCAGGCUCCUGCUGCCUUUGCUCAGCCGGGCGGCGUGCAGCCCUGCCCCGUCAGGGCCGGGGAGGCCCGGGAGGGCGGCCCGGCCAAGGCGGCGCUGCCGGAGCAGGGCGAUGCCCUGGGCCCCGCGGCCAGCAAGCCCUUCCGUCCGCAGGCCCUGUCCAAGUACUCCCGGCACUACGGCCCCGAGGACGGGCCGGGGCUGGAGGCCCAGCCCAUAGCCGCCUACAAGGUGGUGUCUCAGACCAACAGGCAGGCCAUAGCGGGCUCCGUGCCCCUCGUCCCUCUGUCUGCCAGGACUACGGAGCUGCCCGGCGCCGAUCCCUUCGCCUCGGCGCCCUUCCCUUCCAAAGCAGCCAAGCAGAAGCCUUGACGUGCUGGGGGCUGUGCUGCCUGCAGGAGCGCCUCGUGAGGGCCUCCCACCUCUUAGCUGGACUGAAUGACAUAGCAAUAUAUACAUAUAUAUAUAUAAAGUAAUUAUUAUUUUUGGUCAGAACUCUAUUUGCAGUGAUAUAUAGCUGAAGCAUUUAAGUUAUGUUUGUCCGAAUGCCUGGCUCUCAGGAUCCUCGUAUCCUUUCCAGUUGCUUCUCACCUUCCUCCUCUCACUGUCUUCCCUCCAUUUAUUUCUUUUUUUUAGAUGCUUUUCUCAAACCAGCAGUAUUCCAUAUUUUCUGGUCCUGGGUGGAGAAAUGCACUACUAGAUGAAUCGAAAGGUUUAUUAAUUACAGAGCGAGUCAAGCAGGACUUGCUAAUGCUCUGGAAAGGACAUGAUUUCACAGGUGAAAGGGUUUUUGUGACUUUUGCUCUCAGAGACAUUCCUGGUGCCCAGCUCUGGCUGUGCAGGUGGGCGCUGUGCCCACAGAGCCAGAGCCGUGCUGGGGUGUCUGGUGCCAGUCUGGCAGUGCUGGUGGAGCAGAGCCAGGGCAGGGCACAGCUUUGCUCCCCCAGCAUGGGAACACCAGGCACUGCUGCUGCCAUGGAAGGUGUCCUGAAGCCAGUGAAGCAAUCAGGCUGUUUCUGUUGCUGGAAAAUCAAAGGGUCGUGCAAACAAUCAGGCAGAGCUUUCACUUUUACACUUGUAUUUCCUGUCUGGUCUAUACCAAAGUGUAGGACCUGGAAAUCUGCUUAUGGUGAAGGAGAAAUGUGUAUUUACAGUAUUAAAAGUAGACCUUACGGGACAUUUGUGAUGUAAACAGCUCCAUAACUGUCCUGAUGUAUGUACCUCACGUGGUGUGACUCAGCAGAGGCCACAGCCCCCUUAGACUGGUUUAUACUGGCAGAGAGCUCUGCUCAAAGUCACUUCUGCCUAUUGCUUUCCUGUUGGUUAAGGAUGAACCUCAGCAGAAUCCGUUUGCUCUCCUUCUGAAGGGUUGUUUUCUAUCCCGUUCCCAAGAGCAGAACUGUGGUGACUGAGCAUGGACUCAGCCUGGCACAGAAACUGAGGCGUUUAUUAGGAAAGGCAAACUCAUUUUUGUACCCUUCCACGAGACACAGUAUUUCCUUAGAUGGUAACUCUCACUGUGACACACAUUGCCACUUCUGUCAGACCAAAUCAGCUGUCAAAGGACUGGAUGACUGUCGUGGUGUUGGUGCAUAGUGGUGGCUGUGGGGCUCUCUGCCCUCCAUCCCCACCUCCUGAAAACAGAAGUACUGUAGAGAACUUUCUGGGUUUCCCUUGAGAUGUUACUUCAGCAAAGCUGACGCUUUUACUCUGUUUUGUUGUUAAGUUUUCUGUUUAAAUAUACACCCGAAAGGUGGUUUUAGUUUGAAUUAUGUGUUCCCCCAGGCCGGUUGUUGCUGGAAUCAGUGAGAGACACAGAGAAUGACUGUGACAGCAAACUGUGAAUUCAAGGGCAGUGAGUGUGAGGGUCACGGGCACACUGAGCCAGGAGCUGCCCUUGAGCUCUGGGAUGUGCUCAGAAGCUGCUGAAGGGAGGCCAGGCCUUGGUGCUGUGGGAGAUGCUUUGCUCCUGUGGGAGCCACGGGGGUUCAAGGUGUUACCUCUGCUCGCUGGAGCUUCUCCUUCCUUCUCUUCAUUUUUACUUGAAAAAUUGCCUCUGAAUAAUUCAGUGCGGCUUCUGUCAGCGCCACGAGCUGAUGCUGGGGAGCCUCAGCCUGUCCCUUCGUGCUGGGAAAGGGAAGGUGCACGGGGCUGGGCGGGCUCCUCUCCAGCCCUGCUGGGCCAGGGCAGGCUCCGUUUCCAGCUGGCAUUUUGGCAGCUCCUCGCUCCUGCAGGCACUUUACACGAAGAGCAGGCUGUGACUGUGCCCCAGAGCUCACCAUCCUGCCAGACACAUCCAGGCCUUAAACGGUUUGAAAUCUCUUCUGGGGCUGGAGGCAGCUCGUUUGUAUCUCUGCAUGUGGCUCAUAAGGUAAUGGGGCUUCUGGUUAUGGCCAGAAAACUCCAUUUCAAUGCCUCUUACUCUAAUACCGUUCUCAUUUCCAGCCUGUGUUCCUCCUCAUCCUGCACUACCACUGCUGCAGCCUCAGCGUGAUGAGUUGUAAGUGGAAAUUUAAUUUCCAUAGCAUCUGAAGCUCACUGUUUUAAUGAAUGUGGAAGGAUCAUGCUAAUUAUUUGCCACACAAUCAGUGAUCUUAAUGAAGUGAGACUUAUACAGACUCAAUGGGGUGUUUUGAAUCAGUUUUAUGAAAAGAACCACUGGUUUCUGUGUGUAACACUGUAGUAAAAGGUGUUCACUGCCCUGGGUCCUCUGGUUAUCACGCCCCUGUGACAAUCCCGGAUUCCUGCUGGGAGAGGGAUGGCUCCUGGCUCUCACCCACCGAAUGCACUAGAGUCUCUGUUCAAAGUGAUUAAUCAGAGUUUCUGCAUGAGUAAAGCGAGCAGCUGGCUCUGUGCUCGCUGCCCUGACUGCUGCAGGACUCUGGGGGCUGUCCCUGUGUCCCUCUCUGCUGUCACCCCGUGUGACACAGCACACAGCAGCAAAACCGGGUGAGAUCUCCUUGAUUGCUGAACUCAAUCACUCCAAAGUGCUAAUCGGUUACUUUAACUCAGCUUCCACCAAAGACUCUUGUGUUGGGGAGUUGAAUUUUUGUGGGUUUUUGUUCCUUUCCUCACAGUGUUAAAUCAAUGCCUUGGAGCACACUGACAGACCCCAAAGCACUUUUACAGUAGUACCAUGACACUGAAACCCUGCUCCAGUUCUGAAACACAUUCCUGAAACCU